AUGCGCAUCUGCACGACCGUGAUCCUGGCCGUUGCCACUGUCGUGUCAUGUAACCUAAGCCUCCUGGGGGUAUGCGGGUUCGAGAUGACGCGAGACAACGUCUCGUAUGUCGAUGCUCACGACGACAUCCCUAAAGGCCAACCUCGGAUAGCAAGGGGCGCCACAGUUGGCGAAGAGCGGGCGCUCUUUCAAAGCGACACCUCCGGACUGAUUCAAACGGCCGCCGAUACGGUCAGGACUAAGAUACUGUCGAAGCUGCAUGCCACGCCUGACAAGAUGCUCGCGCCGAAUGCUUGGACUGAUUUACAACAAAUGGAUGACUGUGUUGUAAAGCGCUAUGCCUCGGCACUCGCUAGAAACCCUGAACAACUUCAGUUGGUGAUGACAAUGCUCUCCCGUGAUCCAGAUGGAUUGCGCAAUGUGAUGUACCUGGUUCGAGCCUUUGAUUCAGUGCAGGCGGAAUGGAGACCGUAUGUUGGGCUGGAUAGUCCUGGAAAAGAACACCUUCGCAGAUACAUUGCAGCGAAUAAGCUUCAAACUUUGUACCCUGCAACUUUGCACACCUUCCAGAGAGUUGUCGAGGAGUUGAAUCGGCGUCAUGCGCUAGGUCUCACGGUAUUGAGAAUUCUGGAUAUUGGCUAUGGCGGUUUCGCUAAACUCGCACCCGCUUUGGCGAUUGCAAAGAAGAGUCAGAUCAGUGAGGUUGGGGCUACUGAUCUGCAGACUGAGAUGUUGACGAUCUGGCUGAUUGAAGACAGAUCUCCUGAUGACGUGUUUGGCUUUCUAAAGCUCUUUGAAAUGGACACUAGCGACCUGGUAUACGAGAAAAUGGAUGCCUUGUAUCAGUACAUUGCACUGUACAACAAACAUAAAAGGGACAACACCCCCGACGUGAACAUAGUUGCGUUCAUACGACAGAAGCUGGACAACGGUGCCUUCGCACUGAUGGGAGCAAAUGCGGGAAAACAAAACAUAUUCUUCGACAAUUUUCUGAGCUAUCUUGUCCAGCAGUGGAAAGACGAAGGUAAACCACUCCUGGAUAUUGCUGAACACUUAGUUUCGGCAGGUGUGGAUACAUCAAAGGUGCUCGCCUCGAUGUCGACAGGAUGUGGUGGUGUGGCCAAUUUCGCACAGAUUUUGACAGAGCUGGCGGAGAAUAGUGCGAGCAACGGUAGAGCAAAGUUCUGGCAGGACACGAUGGUUUGGAGCUGGGUGUACGACGGCGCAGACCUCGAAUUUGUAUAUGACGUGCUCGACCUCCCUGAUGUUACGAAAGAUGGCACGCGAGAUUCCAACCUGCCAUACCUGAAAAAAUUCAUCAAGUUUAAGUCUGGCGGACACGGUUUCAAAUCUUGGCAAACUGUAGGUAAAAAGUUGAGGGACGCAGGAGCGCUAGAAUAG